UGAUUGCUAACCUCAAUCUCAAUAUUUAUCGUUCCAGUUGUAAAUAUAAAAUCGUUCAAGAAUAUUGCUGUGAAAAGUGUGAAGGUACUAAAAUUGUGGAGAUAGCAAGAUUCAAGUUGUAACUGUAGCAGUUACAUUGAAGGUUUUUGAAUAAAAUAAUACCAAUAUGCAGAAUAACAAAAUUCCUACUUUUGCCUCUGCGGAUACUAGUGAUGAAGAAUUCGUUUUAACGGAGGAAAUGAGCGAAAAGUUAAAAGAUUUACCACAAAUUUUAGAAUACAUUAAGAAAUUAUUGAAGUAUGUUGAAAAGUAUAAGAAACAGAUCAAAAAAUUGAAAUCGAAAAAGCAGAAAUCUUCAAACAAAGUAGAUGCUAUGGUUCAAACAACAUAUCAAGUAAGCAAAAGUGAAGAAAUCAAACUGGAAAAUACUACAGACGAGCCAGUAAAAAGCAUAACAGAAGAUAUUACAAAAGCUGCUGAGCAAGCAUUGCAGAAUUCUGGAUUUGUUUAUGAAGAAACUUCAGGAAUGUAUUACGAUUAUGGUACAGGAUAUUACUACAAUGCUGAAUAUGGACUUUAUUAUGAUGGUAACACUGGUACAUACUUGCGAUAUAAUCAAGAGACAAAAUCAUAUGAGUAUCACUCUCAAGUUUAUACAGACACCCAAGAUGUUGAAGAACCUAAGUUAAAAAAACAUAUUGAUAAAAGAAAAAAGCAAAAUGUGAUUAAAAUAAAAGCGAAACGUAAAAAAAUCGAGAAGAUCAAUGAUCCUGUAGAUGUUGAAGAAGGAGAAUGUUCAGAGAGUGGUUCAUCAGAUCAGAUGUCUAGUUCUGAAGAAGAAGCUGAUUCUGAAUCUAGUGAAGUAGCAAAAAGGUGGCCACCAUGCAUGAGAGUAAUUGUUGAAGAAAGUGUGGUACCUAAUUUAAAAAAAGGAUCUUUACACAUUAUUACAUAUGAGGGAGGAAGCAUAGGUCGUGAAGGAAAGCACUCGAUAGUAAUAGCUGAUAUCAACAUCAGCAAACAUCAUUUGAAUAUACUGUAUAACAAGGAUUCUAACAUGUUUCAAGCUGUGGAUAUGGGAUCUAGAAAUGGUACACUUUUAAAUGGUGUGAGGAUGUCUACUUCAAAACAAGAGAGUGAACAUUUGGAUGUAGUUCAUGGCAGCAGAAUUCAGCUGGGCUCUACAGUUCUUUUAUGCCAUGUACAUGAAGGUUCACAGACUUGCGGACAUUGUGAGCCUGGACUUCUUGAGCAAGAUGCAAGGGAAUUGAAAGACAAGAAAACAAAACUAGUAAAAAGAGAAAGUCAUAAAAAAGAAUUGCAAAAUCUGAAGAAAAAAUUUGGAAUGAAUAAUUUCAAAAGUGAUAAGGCAUCAUUAGCUUCUGGAUAUACAGACAGAGCUCAAAAAAGGAGAGAAGUUAUUGGAAGCCAUAAUGAACAUGAGAAAACCCAAGUGUCCUCAUUAGAUGAAUCAAUUUCAUCAAAGAAUAAAGGAUUUCAAUUACUUUCCAAAAUGGGUUGGAAAGAAGGGCAGUCUCUUGGAAAAGAAGGUCAGGGAAUUUUAGAACCAAUCAAACUGGUCUCCAAUGAAGGCACUACAGGUGUUGGUAGUUCAAAUUCUGAAGUACCAAUUAGUAAAGAACAGAAGAAGAAGAAAAUUAUUUGGAAGAAGACGCAAGAAAGGUUUGAUAAGUUGCAGGAUUCUAGUGAUAUUUUUGAGGAAGGUGAAUGAUUUGACUCUAUGGAAUGCAGGACAGAAUUCAUUUUACUAUUGAUUUGAUCUCUUAAUAGUGCACAUGAAUGAAAUGAUGUAUAAGUUAUCUGUAAAUAAUUGUAUAUAUAAUCUGUAUAUUACAUUUGUGUAAUUAUCAUGUUUUUAAGCAAAAUAAACAAGUUUUCCAAAUACA